CCAUGGCAACCGUUGCCCCCAAGGGAAACUGCCUUGUCGCUCGGGCGAUACCGUCCGAUAGCCACGCCGACCAGCUCACCGAUCUGUUGUGCAAACUGUCCGUCAAUGGUGACGCGAACCAAAAAAGUGUCAAUAAGUUCGAAUCGCAGCACGGCGUAACCCCAUCGGAUUUCCGUGACAUUCAAAACAUCAGAUCAUCUGCUUUGGCGAAGAAGACAAAAACUUCCAAAUUCCAGCUUGACGGGGUGACUCUGUUCGCUGAUCUCACUCCAAACAGCAAGUCUAAAAAGAAGACUGAAAACCAGGAAACCAAAGAAAAAGAUGAAGAAGCCGAGGAAAAGAAAGAUGGACCGCCAAAAGAUGACAAAGAGCUCAAGAUGAAAAAAGAAAAAGAGCAGGAAGAUGAAAACGCGGAACUCGACGAACAGAAAAAAGAUGGCGAUCUUUUAGGCAGAGGCCCAGUGCACAAUGUUCGUGUUGCCACAGGAGGAAGUCAUCCAUAUCACAGAGCCCAAAUACCUUAUGGAUGCGCCGCACAAACACCUAUCACCGACAUUUCAGCAUACACUGGCUACGGUAGCGGCUAUGAAUGCGGAAGCACUUGGUCGCUAAGCCCAGACACCACGAUUGGGUCGAUAUCCGCGUCGACAACUCCUGACACUGUGUUGUCAUCUGAUGGAUACGGAUCAGCAUCUCCGCCUCAACACAGUCCAAAAGAAUCGUUGCAGAGUCCGUUUUCCGACAUCUCGUCUGCUGAUACUUCGCGCGUCCUGACCCCGGAGAAUAACGAGUUGCCGGAGAGUCUGCAGGAUUUCAUCCUGCAAUACUCGAACCAGUACACCAAAGAGGAGAGCAUCCGAGGACGUCCACCAUCUGCAGAUUCUGGGGUGUCGUCUCCGAUGUCGGCUCGUUCAGCUCCAUAUGCAUCACCACACGUGCCACAAGGAACCUGCAGUGGCCCAACUACGCCGUCGUUCAACCAGACCCGCCUCAGUCCUCGCACUAGCGAAAAUGGAAUCACAGCUAAACAGCGUCUCAACGCUAUUAUUCCUGAAUCCGAUCUUGCAACUGGAUUUCACUGGGCCUGCACUACAUGGAAGAACGUGCUUACUAACCGCGAUGCAGAUGGCGACACUCCACUCCAUAUUGUUGCAGCUCACAAUGACCUCGGUAAAAUUUACGCGUUGUGUGAGACUCUUCGUAAGACGAUGAACGAAAACGACGACAAUGUGUUCAAUGUGAGCAAUAACUUUGGAGAGACACCACUUUAUGUCGCGGUUUUGCAAAGAAGCAUUGAGGUUGUUGAGUACUUGCUUGAGCUUGGAGCUUCUCCAAACAGUCGUAGCUCUCGCGCAGUUGGAGAUUCACCACUUCAUUUCGCCACAGCUCGUGGAAUGAACAAUAUGGUUGAGGCCCUGCUCAGCAAGCGAGAGAUUCGUGUGAAUGAAACCAAUGAUGAUGGUCAAACUUCACUGUUGUGUGCGGUUAAAAUGCAUGGAAUGAUGGAUGAGCAGACACAGCACAAAAUUGACAACAAGUCCAUCAUCGAAAUGCUCAUCAAGGCUGGAGCAGAUCCAACGAUUGCUGAAACUUCAACUGGAAAGACAAUUGUACAUCAUGCUGUCGACAAGAUGGACGUGGAACUUUUAGAUUUCUUAAAAACCGUUGUCAACGAAGACACGUUCACCGAGUUGGCAAAUCUCUCCGACUUCCAUGGAGACACCGCAGUCGACCUUUUGUGUAGUUCCACCCAGAACGAGGACACGAAUAAUGUCCGCGAAAAUCUAUACAUCCGACUCCUGACCUCCGGUGCAGUCCCGAACAAGUCGAGAGCUUGAGCUCUAUUCAGCUUCAUUCACAUUUUUUUUGACGUUGUUGCAUAAUGCCAUCAAAACCACCUAUAUUUGACUCUUCGUUAUAGUUUAUUUUUUAUUUUGUUGAUCUCAAAACCACCCCUCUAAUCUAAAAAAUUAAACUUUGAAAAUAAUCAAAAAAUUAUUUUUUAAAAGUACUUCAUUAAAAUUAAUGUGUUCAUUUUUCCUUACAACGACCGUUAAGCUAUUCCACUCAACGAUUGUUAAGUCUACAGUUCAACCUCUCAAUUGAAUAUUGAAAAUAAUUAUUUAAAACGUUUACACCUCCAACUUCAACGUAGUUUCUCGUUCACAUUCUGAAGUAUAUGCUAGUUGCUGGUACAUAAAGUCCAUCUCAUUCCUUUUUUUCUUUUCUUAUUUCACGUUUUUACCUUCUCCACUCCCCUUCCUCUCUCUCUCUCGAAAUUUUGUGCUAUAUUCCCCGUACUAGGUGGUACAACGUCACAGUUUCUCUGUUCACCCAUCCCCUUCAAUAUUCCUUCAUUUUUCACAAAAACAAGCAGCUUCUGUCAUUUUUCGCAUUUUUAUUCUUUGUUGCUAACCUGUCCUAUGUAGAUAAAACAGGAAGAAUGAAGUUCAGGAAUAAAAUAUUAACC